AUGUGCAAAGGUCUAGGAGAGGGGAAGCUAGGCGGCGUCUGCGGGCUGCCGGGACACCAAGACGACGAUUCGCCCCAUGCCGCCGCCGCCACCACUGGGUCGGUGCCGUGCGAGCUCUGCGGGUCAAGGGCUUCACUAUAUUGCCAAGCUGAUGACGCUUUUUUGUGCAGAAAAUGUGACAAAUGGGUUCAUGGGGCUAAUUUCUUAGCCCGCAGGCACAUUCGGUGCUUUCUCUGCAACUCGUGUCAGAACCUUACACAGCGAUAUCUCAUCGGAGCUUCGUUAGAGGUGGUGCUUCCGACAAUGUUGAUGGUGAUGGUUACAGCCUUGGCCAAGCAGAAGCAGAAACAACCUAUCCAUCAGAGUGUAGAGGAAGAGGUUGCAGUUCCUGGUUAUGGGGCUGCUCAUCAGUGGGGAAGACACGUUGGAGGGGAAUCAACAAAGUGCUGA